GCCUUUCCCCUGGUUUCACAAUGAAAGUCGGUAUAGCAGCACUGGUAGCGGGGGUCGUCGGUUCCAUUGGUGUUCUCUGUUUUUUAACGGCCUUUGGGACUGACUACUGGCUAUUGGCGAGUGAGAACUGCACUGGUGACGAACAUAUGCAACCCGAAACUAGCACUUCUGGGCUCGCUAAUAAUAAAGAGAAUCAGACUGUAAAGGUUGAGAACAAUUUAUCAGAGAUCCGCUUUCACCACGAAGGCUUCUUCUGGAGGUGCUGGUUCACUGAGGAUGUCUCCCACGACAGCAUAUGGAACUUCCUGUUCACAAAUCAGCCUCCAUCCAAAUACUGUGUUCAUGGAUACCUCUUUCCCUUGCCCAUUUCAAUUGGACCAGUUCCCCAUCCCUCCUAUGAUGCUGCUGCAGUAUUCCGUGGGUUCUGGACUGCGUUCAUUGUUUUAGCUGUCACUGCCAGUCUGGUGGGCGGGUUCUUGCUGGUGUGUGCUGUGCCCUUCACGAGCGCCAAGCUGUACAAACUGGGAGGAGGGUUCCUUAUCACAGCUGGGGGGCUGUUCACCGUGCUGAUCGCUCUGUUUGUGCUGUGGAAGGAGCUGGUUGCAGACAUGAAUAAGUACAUCUUGCUGGAGAGGAGUCUAAUCUGCCUGGAUACAGAGGUGUAUGUACAAUACGGCUGGUCAUUCAUGUUCGCCGCGGCUGGGAUCCCAUUGGUCCUCCUCAGCGGGCUGCUCUUUUAUUUUAUUGGCCGGCACAAUCAGAGGAACAAAUGAUAGACUUCAAGGGGCGGGAGUCUUCUUUUUUUUUUUUUUAACUAUACCUAUAAGCUUUGUGGACUAGACAUUCUCAUUAAUUAUCUGCUAUGAUGAGAAAGUUAAAACAAGAUUUUAAGCAAAAAAGGAAAUGAAAAUCAGACACCCAUCAUAGCAUGUUGGUCUGUUUAGUUUCAGGAAGGUAACAUUUUUAUGAUUAAAUGCGAUAUUUAGGUCCACCGCUAUGUACAGUAGAUCAAUGGAAUAGACACCAUUGGGCAUAAUCUUUUAAUUUCUUUGUCCAUAAUUUAUUUUAUCUGUUAAUACCUUCAUACAUAAUUAUACAUCAUUAACUGAAAAUAACUCAUUUUGUUUUUUAACGUCUGAAAACACAAGAGAUCAACUCACAUAUUGAAAAACACGCAUGAUGAUAUAAUGUAUGGUAGUCAAAAAAGAAGAAUGCUGAAAAAAAAAGAAUAUAUUACAUACUGAUUUCAACAAGCCAAAGAGUGACUGAUAAAUGUGUUGCUGUCUAAUUCAAAAUGACAUCAUUUAGGCAUCUGUCUUCCUCAUGUGACUGGUUUUUACUAUCAUGUUUCAUGUUUCCAUAGGUAAUAAGCACUGUAUUAACAGUAUAAUUAUGUAAUGAAAAUCACCCAUUUUAUUCAA